UGUUACCCCUUCCACCGGACCACCGUCCACCCUCCACCCAUCGCUGUUCUUUUCUCUACCCAAACGCAACACUUCACAAAAGGCCCUUUCGCUUUCUCACUCUGUAUUUUCUUCUUCACCGCUGGCCAACUAUGGUACGGAAUCUUUAAUCCAUCGUCUCACCCACCUUCCUUCUUGUUACCCCACCUCCUGCCCUCAUUCCUGGAUGGUCUAGAUUAGUAAAGUAAAAAAGUAAAUCUGUGAACUGUAAUUGGUGCAUGUGCGCGAGUAAGCAAAACACGAAUAGACCUGGGAUUGACCCAAAAAGCUGCAGCAUCCAUGACAAUUGCAGCAGAAAAUAUAGAGGAAGAAGUAGGGAGAGCGAUAGAAGAUGCAAAAGAAUUGCAGGACUUGGUCACAACUCACAUCUCAAAGACAUCCAUUGAAGAGCAAUCUCUCCGCCAGCGUGCUCUAUCUCUAAUGGACUCUAUUAAACGUUUGCGCUGCUUGCUUGAUUCUCUCCUCUCUCAGAAGCUCUUGGACCCGAAGGUGGCAGACAAGUUAGAUGAAGAUUUACAGAGGGCGAGAUGCAUUGUAGCAGAUGGUGAUGCUGCUUCGCUGCUUCCAGGCAAUGCGCAAGGGCGAUUUUUGAGGAUGUUUCUGGGUCCUAUUAAUGUGCGCGCCUCUCGGAAGGAUGUCCAGUUGAAGGUUAAAGAGGAGUACAACAGUUACAAAGAUAGAACUGCCCUACUGUUCCUUUUUUUCCCAUCAGUACUGCUGAUCCUAAGAUCAUGGGUUUGGGCUGGAUGCAUGCCUGCUUUCCCAGUUCAGCUUUACCAGGCUUGGCUGCUCUUUCUUUACACUGGUUUAGCAUUGCGAGAGAACAUAUUGAGAGUCAAUGGAAGCGAUAUUCGUCCAUGGUGGAUAUACCAUCAUUACUGUGCUAUGGUAAUGGCCCUGGUGAGUCUCACUUGGGAGAUUAAAGGACAACCUAAUUGUGCACAAAAGCAGAGAGGUGUACAACUUUUUCUACAGUGGGCUAUGAUGCAAGGAGUGGCAAUGCUCUUGCAAAAUAGAUAUCAACGGCAGAGACUUUAUACUCGUAUUGCACUAGGAAAGGCUAAGAGAAUGGAUAUUGUCUGGGGAGAAACAGCUGGAGUCGAUGGCCAACUGUGGUUGUUAUGCCCCAUACUUUUCAUUUUGCAGUGCUAAUAGGAAUUUUACUCGUGGUCCUACCAAGAUGCAUCAGACAAUUAUCUGUCUAUGGCUCUAUGCAUUAAAUAAGAAGGUUUCAGAGGCUACUCAAUCAACUAAGUGCCUCCUCAAUUUCUCUCCUCUAUCUCCUCUUUCUCUUCAAGGUAGUAGAACCUUUAUCCCUGAUCCAGAAACCCUGGCCACCAGGCAGGGAGUAUUUUUAGAGGAGGUGCAAUUAAGGCCUAUCAGACCACUCAUUUUGGUGACUUGUGAUUUGAAGCUUAGAAGGGAAGCAUACUCUUUGUACAACCAAGUGAAGAGCUGGAAUUGUAUAUUGUAUUUAGUGGAAGGCCAGAUCUUUGGAUUUUGAAAAUUCUGUCAAGGUUUCAUUUUAGUGUUAUCACUUUCUAACCAGAAAUUCAAAUUUUAAACUUAGAAAUGCCACCCAAACAU